AUGUGGAGACGUCGGUACAAACAGAAGGCAGAGCAAAGCCUCACUGACGACAACAAACCUUCAGCAGGCUCGUCGGAGUCUUCGCCUCCCGUUAUCACACCUAUAGCUGAUCGAACUCGCAAACCAUCGGACCCUGGAUUUUGUCGCCGCGACUCUGUCGCAAGCAACCUGUCAGACGUGCCGGGUCCGUUGCUUGGGCUCAGCGUCCCCCCGCACAUACAGCGUAAACGGUCUCAAGACAGGCGCAACGAUCCACUCGGAAUCUCGGUAUUGCAUGAGCCAGACAUACCACGAAAAGUCGACGUCCUCUUCAUACACGGACUCGGUGGUACGAGUAUUCGCAGCUGGUGCAAAAGUCGUGAUCCCGAAUUCUUGUGGCCCAAGUUAUGGCUACCAUACGAGCCAGGGCUCUCGAGCGCCAGGAUUUUGACCUUCGGUUACAACGCACAUUUCGCAUCUACAAAAGGCUCAUCUUCGCAGACGAUUGGUGAUUUCGCGACAGACUUGCUAUUUCGCAUGAAGUAUGGAGACGCGGAAACCGAAUCCCUCGGAGACGCCCCCAUCAUUGUCGUGGCACAUUCAAUGGGCGGCCUGGUGUUCAAGAGGGCAUUUAUCCAGGGAUCUCUAAACAAGGAGUAUCAAGGGAUCAUCAAAAACAUCAGAGCCGUUCUUUUCUUAGCCACACCUCACAGGGGGAGUGACUUGGCAGAGACCCUCAAUCGCAUUCUCUCAAGCUCCAUUUUUGGCCAUAGCUCUAAGGAUUAUUUGACCGAGCUCACCAGGAAUAGCGUGACUAUCGAUGAGUUGAACGAAUCCUUUCGUCACCAUGCUUCCAAAAUGCGGAUUUUCUCGUUCUACGAGACCUUGGUCACCUCCGUUGGGCCGCGGAAUAUGAUGAUCCUCGACAAAUCAUCAUCCUUGCUGGGAUAUCCAAAUGAGACAGCACAGCCCUUGAAUGCAAAUCACCACGACGUCUGCAAGUUCACAGAUGUGGAAGACCCGAAUUAUAUCUCAGUCAGAGGUGCUAUGCGCAGCGUGGUCGGGUCGAUAAUUGCGAGCUCGCCUGGACCAACAGAGGAGGCUUUUGAGGAUAGCAUCGAAGACAUCCGGGAGUACCUAGCAGUUGGGGUGACACCGGCAGAUGAUGCCACAGCGCUCCGGGUGCUUCGUAAAGAGGGCACCUGCGAAGAAUUCCUCACACAGAAAGAUUUCAAGCAAUGGACGGAAGCUGAUAAGUCCUGCAUUUUGUGGCAGAAUAUCGCAGACAUCCGCCAAGUUGCGCUUGAAGAAAUGGAUUACCUGGUCUCGGACGAAAGUUUUAAGGAAUCUACAGUGGCGGAGAUAGCUCGACGUUCGAAUGGGAAUUUCCUUUGGGCAAGCCUGGUUAUCAAACGAGUACUGAGAUGCCACAGAUCUGAAGAUGUUGAACGGGUCCUUGACACCACACCGGACGGGAUGGAUCAGCUCUACCUCAGGAUGUGCGAGGCGGUCUCGACUUUGGAAUUUGAGGAAGACAUUGCUUUGUCAAGACUGCUCCUUGGCUGGGCGACUUAUGCAAAGAGGCCUCUGACUGUUGAUGAAUUGAAAGAAGCAUACCCUACGGAACUCGGAACUAUCAUGGAUCUACGCAACACGGCAAGUCAGGUCGGAGGACAGUUUAUCACCAUUGAUUCAAAUGGUCAACUCGUUCUCGUUCACCACACCGCAAGAGAAUACUUACGGAAUCGAAAUUUACGGACCCGUAUCAAUCAGAAGAGGCCUCCGCACUUCCUGGAAUAUGCGGCCACCGCCUGGGCCUUCCAUCUCGAUCAUAUACCUAUUGAGUCGGAUAAAGCCUUGGAGAUCAUAUUACGAUUUUUCAGGGGCCCUUACACGUUGCCCUGGAUUCAGUACUUGGCAGGAGUGAACAAACUGGUAGAGGUUGUCAAAGCUGCCAAGUCUCUGACAACUUUUGCGCAGAAGAGGCGGAAGUUUGAUGCUGAUCAAUCUCCCCUUCUCCAUCGCAUCUCCGAUCUGGAGUAUCUCGGGUCCUGUCGAGCCAUGCAUGUCGCAGUCUCCGAUCAGUACCUCGCAGUCGGUGACGAUUCACCCGCCGGCAAUAUCACAAUAUGGAGGCGCAUGAUCUUUCAGAGAGAGAGCAGUAAAUACACGUACAUCUGGCAAGUUGAGACGGGCACCCUGAUUGUCGAAUGCCCCAAUCCACAUCGCGCUCGAGCAGUUGCUAUGAGUUUUGGUCCAAAGGAUAGCUCCUUGAUGGUCGCCACGGAUCUCCGCAAAGUACACAGACUGAUGCUGAACGACAAGUCUUCUGCCUGGGUUGACACAGAUCCGGCACUCCUUGAAGAGGUGAACAUAGGCGAGGGAGCAUUCUUGAAUGCUCCUUCGGCUGUUGCUUUCAACUCAGAUAAUACCCAGCUGGCGAUCGGGUACAGAGGGUUUCCGCUCUCUGUAUGGAACAUCGAUCCUCCAGAAAUGGUGGGCAGGAUCAGGAGAAGGCUUAAAGUGGACGAGGUCAGGGCCGUGGACGUGGAUGCUAACGCCACGCCGAGCGAGAUUAAAUGUAGCCCAAAUGGCUUGGUAUUUGCGACUGGAGACGUCAAGGGCUCUGUGAAGAUCUACGACUUUUACGGCCUAGCUCUCAUCUACAAACUUACAUCCGAGGAUAUCAUUCAAGGGCUGUGCUUCAGUCCCGACAGCCGAGUAUUCUACGAUUUACGCGGGCUGUACUGCAAUGUCUGGGAGCCUAACUGUCUUGUCCGGCUCAUCGACGACAGAGCUUUAGAUGAUUCUGACAGCUCGGGCUACUCAGGCUGUGACGACGUAUGGUCAGAUACAGAAGAUGCCAGAAGCACAAACUUCUCCUUCGCAGCGUCAGAAGCCCACGCUGGUGGAAAGCCGGCCAUCACCACUAUCGCAGCUAACCCGUCGCUCCGGCUCAUCAUUUAUGGCAAUGAAGAUGGUACGGUGGAAAUUUACGACAUGGAUCUCGAUUUCAAACAUGUUGUUGCCAAGUCAACGUUUGCGAUGGGGGUAGUCCAAGUCGCUUGGGGUCCAACGGACAAUCACAUCGCUUACGUGACAUGGAAUGGACGUGUGACAGUAAAGAAGAUCACCGUGGACCGCGAAGCCAAGAGCCCUAAAUUGGCCGUGAAGCAGACCCAGGUAUUUUCUGAAAAGGCCGCAGCUAAGAGAGGAGCACCGAAGCAGAUCCUGUUCAACCAGACAGGGGAGCUCCUGCUCAUAUCGGCUCGGGAAAAGACACAAAUACUGCAUAUUUCCACAGGUCAAAUAGUCACCGAGAUCCUCACACCACACACACAUGGCGUGUGGGAGCGCCACCCGGUGGAUGGGCAGCUCCUGAUUUACAUGACGUGCUCAGGACUACAUGUCUUCGCCUGGUCCAAUCUCGACCACAAGCACGAAAUACUAAUUGAUUCAGAUCCAUCUGCAUUGGCGCAGUCACAAGCUCAGCUGCAGCAAAUCUUCUCCUCCAGGGACCACGACAAGCUCCUGAUGGUCAUCAACAACAGUACUUCUGAAAGGAGCUGGAAGAAAACAUUAUCAGUACUCGACUUGUCAAUUUUACGCGCGCAAACUGCUGGUGAUGGCGUGCAAAUCAUCAAACCACACUCCAUCACGCCGGCCCUGCUCGAGAUUGUUGAGCAAGUAGUCGGCCUUCUUCCGGAUGGCCGCAUGAUCUUUCUCGACGAAGAUCUCUGGGUCUGCACUGCACAUAUCAACGGAGGCGGUGACGUUGUGACUCGACACUUCUUCAUACCACGCGAUUGGGUCAACGCAGCUGGCCUGGCGCUGUGUCAGGUGUUGCCAGAUGGUACCUUGUUGUGUCCUUGCAAAGGGGAAUUAGCGGUGAUUAGGAGUGACUUGGCGUCUCUUUGGUAA